GUUCAACCAAGAGGACGAGGAAAUCAAUUGUGCGUUAAUGUUAGUAGAUGUCCAGAAGUUUUCAUGUGUCGUGACAAGGGUGCGCGCGAGGCGCUGUUUACGCAUAUUUCCACCAUAUAAAACGUGCGCGCGGCACUCUCGCGGCAGUUUGUGACAGGUACCCGACGCAGGCGCAUCAUUCAUGAAAAUGCAUCCAUUGGCAGCAGCACUAGUGGCGCUUGUUGCGGCGGCGCACGCGCAGUUCCCCAACGGACGCAUCCUGGAGCCGCCCGUGCCCUCGCAGUGCGUGCAGCGCGUCAUCCACGAGCGAUAUGCCGACAACAAAGGGUAUUUCUUCUCUUGGAGAGAGCCAUCGCUGCGAGGCGUGGAAGAGGACUGGCUGAGCGCGCGCAACUACUGCCGCCAGCGGUGCAUGGACCUCGUAUCGCUGGAGACGAGCAACGAGAACGAGUGGGUCAAGGCACGCAUAGUGCAGGACAAGGUCAAGUACAUCUGGACAUCAGGUCGCAUGUGUGACUUCAAAGGCUGCAACCGGCCCGAUUUGCUUCCUAACGAAGUGAAUGGUUGGUUCUGGACCGCGGAGCUGCAGAAACUGGCACCCACCACCAACCGCCAACAGAACGACUGGUCCGAGGGCGGCGGCAUCGGCAAGCCUCAACCCGACAACAGAGAGCUGAUCCAGGGCGGCGCGGCCGAGCACUGCAUCGCCAUCCUCAACAACUUCUACAACGACGGCGUGCACUGGCACGACGUGGCGUGCCACCAUCGCAAGCCCUUCGUCUGCGAGGAAAACGACGCACUGCUCAAAUACGUCCGCUACACCAACCCCAACCUCAGGGUCUAGAAUAAUCCCCCUUCUACCCUUCCUUUUCAAAUCUCGACACUACUUUUCGGAUGUGAUAAAUUAUGAAACAAGAAAUCAAAGACACUAAGCUAAGAUAGCCCUCAUAUUUUCGACUCUGUGUUGAGACUUUUGAGCAUUAAGAAUCUUUCGUUUAUUUAGAAACAUAGCUUUAAUACCUCGUUAUCAAUUUGUGAAAACCAAACAAUGAGUUAUAAUUCCAAAUUGCAGUAACCUUAUAAAGUUGAUAUCUACGUAUAGAAUCUGUGCUAUGUUUUAUUAGGUACGUGACUCAUUUUUCUUGAAGUACAUAGUUUUAUUUAUAUUUAUUUCAGUAUUUUUUAACGAAUGAUCACUAUUGCGAUAGUAAAAUGUUUUACAUUAUAAGUAUUCACUACUUUCAAUAAAGACUGCUAUAAUUUAUAGUUGAAUAA